UAGCGCUCCCUUUGAUAAGGGCGUUCGUGGAGAAAGAGUCCCACGAAGUACUUGAGCGUAACGGUCCAACGCAGUACCUAUGCUUAAAACUUCCCACACAGUAUCGAAGCUCACUGUCACAGAUGCCGAACGUCUGUUCCUUCCGAAAUGCUUGCUUAUUCUUAUGUCCGCUAUCCACGAUGGUCUCCCGUCCUACUGACGGAACUCAACUUUGGACUGCCGUCAUCACACCGCAUGCUACUAUCGCGGAAUCGUCCACCAUCCCCGUACCGGUGCCGGCAAAGAAGCUCAUCCCAGCGUGAUGGAUCGGUAUCUUCAAGCACUUUGGGCGCAAUAAAACUACGAUAUACGCUAUCCGUCUUGCCUCCACAGCCUCUCCGGCCGCCUCGUGGCCUACUUUUGGCGCCAGUUUCGUCGAUAAAGUGUUCCAUCCGCUGUGCCUCUGCAGUCUCCGUGCGCUUGCGAGACUGGGGAGCAUUAAAGAAGCGGCUUCGUACUCCACGCAGCUCAACUUCAGCCCGGUAUGUUUCUCAACAGCUGGAGAAAUAGCAUCCCAGGCCCGUCUUCGCAGCGGCCAGUUUAGCUACCUGGCGGAUGCUGCACUCGCACGCAACGGGCAUAGUAGUUACAGAGGGCAUGGUAACGCUUACUGACAAACACGGGAUUGAAGACAAGCUCGGCAGGGCCGCUGGCCGACUUCUGG